CAGAACCAGCUCCAGGUCCAUGUCUCCUUUGAUCAGCAGGCCUUUGGCCACCAGGCUGACGCGCGUCACGCCACACAGCACCAACGUACGGUCCAACCUGAGGACAGAUGGACGUCAGACAGUUUACAGCGGCUCACAGCGUGGAAGUGAAGCGGUGAGAGAAGCGGUAGAGGCGGCAAACAGUCCCGAGUCCCCGGUGAGCUGAAGCCCGUGGAGCGGAGGAGGAGGAGGGGGUGAGCGGAGCGUUCAGCCGCGCAUGCGCACACUUAGCGCUACUGCGAAACAAAGAUCGUCAAAUGAAUCCGCUGCAGAGUGACACCUCUUACCUUUCUAACAUCUCUAAGGUGCCAAAACACAGAAGAGCAGAAGAUGCAGAUCAUCUGCACAGCAGCAGCAGCAGAGGCAUCAAGAUGAAAAAGUAACAGCUCAGCGGGGAAAGGCAUCACUGAGGUGCUGUGGAGCGAUCAUUUUUCAGGCCUCUGCUCUUCUGACAUUACCGUGAGCUAGAAAACAAGAUCUCAAGUGGUUUGGUAGCCUCACCAAUCUCUCGAUCCGCCGCUCGCCAUCCAAGACCAGCACCAAAACAGCCCAGGAGCAUGAUGGGAGCCGUGAUGGGAGGAGCCAGGGCGGAGCCCCAUCAGCACCAGUGGAUGACCAGUCAGUGGACGACAUGGCGCCUCGCCUGCACAGCUCCAACUACGCCUGCUCCAGUGACAUGUACACACAUGUGGGCACUGUGCCCCGCAGUGAGAAGAGGAGCUGCAGGAGGCUGAAAGAAAAGAAGAAGAGCAGGAAGGAGGAGGGUGAGGGGGUGAAGGAUGGGCAGAGCCAGUGGAAGGCGAUGGAACGUGUCCAAGACUCCCCCCUGCUCGGUGCUCUGUCCAGCCUCAGUCUCACCACUGUGGACCAUAAUCUGUCUAUGUCUGCACCAGUCACUCCAACACCCAGACGGGCUUCACCUUUGACCUCGGCUCCUGAAAGCCGCUUCGGUCAUUCUUCAAGAGACCACGCUCCGUCCAUCAGCAGACAUGCUCUAGAGAUUGGUAGAUGUGUGAAAAACCCAGCAAACAUGGCAGCUCAUAGUCCCAACAUGGUUCCACAGGACGUUUAUGUGUCAAUGGAUCCAAUCACCAAUGAAACUCACAACCAUCUGGACGACAAAUACGGCAAAGACGAGAGACGGCGACUUCUUACAAGUAAGCAGGAAACCAAAAAUCCUCCACGGGAUGCAGAGGAUGUUGACAGAGAACAUGAGCUCACGGGCAGAGGUGGAGAGUAUGUGAAGUUCUCGAAAGGUAAAUUGUGGUUGGAGCCACCAUCAGAGGAGCAGAGGAAGCAGCUGGAGGAGGAGCUGAGGCUGAGUGGCACAAACCUGAGAAGCCAUGCCUGGUACCACGGGCACAUUCCCUGGGAGGUGUCAGAGAGCCUGCUGGUGAACCAAGGCGACUUCCUCAUCAGAGACUCUCAGUCCAGUCAGGGUGACUUUGUCCUCACCUGUCACUGGGAACAGAACAUGCGUCACUUCCUCAUCAGGACGACAGCAGUUCAGUCCAGCGAGACCUUCACCCGGAUCCAGUACAGCUUAGAGGGUGAGGCCUUCGACACGUUACCGGCCCUCGUCCACUUCUACGUGGGCAGGAAGACGCCUGUGAGCCGGUGCAGUGGCGUUCAGGUUCACCAGCCGGUGAACAGGAUGCUGCCACUCGGAGAUCUGGAGACAGCCUUUGGCACCGCUGCCAGUCCACAGUCCUGCCAGCGAGGGCUGAGUAAUGACUGCACAGGUGGAGGAGAAAAGGUGGAGCAGAGGCUCCGCCCAUGGAGUCCGUCCUCUCUCCACCACAGGGAGACAGACAAAAACCAAGUGCAGGAUGAGCAGACUCAGUUGGCUCCUGAAGAAUCCGUCCCAUCAUCUCUAAACAGCAUAAACACCUCACAGUCCAGAAGCCUGUGCAGGAGCCAGACGGGCAGCGCGGUGGGCAGUGCGGUGGGCAGCAAGGCCCCAUUUCCAUCCCUCGCCAGGUGCCCACAUAUCGUCCAACCCACAUCCUCUUCGAACAGCACCCUCCCCUUGUUCCUUCCACACCUGAACCAGACCCCCGCCUCUAAUCCAGAGGGAAGCUGCUACACUGAGCUGUACCUCGGCCCACAGACUUAUGUGGAGAGGCUGCGGGAUGAGAAAGACUCAGGAAACGUGCACUUCUCACCUGUGGUGGAGGCAGUUUCUUCUUUUGGUCCGAGCAGGUACAAGUCCCAGCUGAUACCUAAGGAGAAUAAACCACUGGAGGUGGGCAUUCUGCGAAGGGUUAAGGAUCUUCUAGCUGAAAUUGACCCCAGGGCGGCGGCCAAACAUAUCACCAAGGCUGACUGCAUGGUGGCCAGAAUUCUGGAGGUGACACCAGAGGUGCAAAGGAUGAUGGGAGUCAGCUCUGGGAUGGAGCUACUCACUUUGCCACAUGGUCAUCAGCUGCGACAAGACCUGCUGGAGAGGUUUCACACCAUGGCGAUCAUGUUGGCUGUAGAUGUGUUGGGCUGCACAGGGACGAACGAGGAGCGAGCCGGUCUGCUUCACAAAAUCAUCCAAAUCGCCGCUGAACUCAAGAACACCAUGGGGAACAUGUUCGGCUUCGCAGCCGUCAUGAGGGCCUUACAGCUGCCACAGGUGUCCCGUCUGGAGCAGACGUGGGUGGCACUACGGCAGAGACACACAGAGGGCGCUGUUCUCUACGAGAAGACUCUGAGGCCAUUUAUGAAGAGCCUGAAUGACGGCAGAGAAAGCUGCCCCUUGUCAAACGUCACCUUCCCCCAUGUCCUCCCACUCCUGUCUCUGCUGGAGAAGACAGUGGCAGUGGGUGAUGGCACGGAGCAUUGGGAAGUGGCAGAAGCCAGCAUGGACGCGGUCAUGUUCCACUUGGGAGCAGCGAGGACUAUUGCACAGCUGGGUGGCAUCUACCGCUCUAAUGCUGAGAACAAACUUCAAGGUUUCCAGGAGCAGGCGGAGGUUCAGGAGAUCUUCCUCACCGACUUCCAGUUGAGGUUGCUUUGGGGAAGUCGGGGAGCUACGGAGAACCAGGCUCUGCGAUACGCCAAGUUUGACCAGGUGCUGACCGCCCUGUCCAACAAACUGGAGGCUCCUGUCAGGACACACUGACCCCAGAGCUGAGUGGACUGUCAUAUUCUCUCUUUCACUAUCCUGUCCUACAAAAGGUCCUACAGUGUUCUACGGUGUCCUACAGUGUCCUACAUCCUUGACGGGAAAAGGGACAUUUUUUUUUUUGUUAAUAAAAUAAUAAUAAAUAUUUAAAGUGAUAAGUAAGGUUUUGUGUGGUUGUAUAAAGUAAUGACUCAUAGUCACAGGAAAAACAGAUUAAGGAGCGAUUGUUUAUUGUUGCCUCUUUUCUUAAGUUUGGGUAAAUCUGAAUGAACCAAAACAAUACAUUUAUUUUAUUAUUAUUAUUAUUAUUAUUAUUAUUAUUAUGAUUAAUACAAUUAAAUCAUAACAAUAAUAAUACGUUUUGAAAUAAAGUACUGUAAAUAAUUACAAUAAUAAGGAAAUCCAGGGGAAGUAAAAAAUUAUAGUCAUCAAAUAAUCUCCAAACACAAGAAGAGGAAGACAACGACAACAGAGAUGAGCGACGUUGGAUUAUGACAUCAUACAACAAAAAGGUGACUCAGGGAUCAUAAAAUGUCGUAUCCAUGGAGAUAAAACGUUGAUACAAUAAAAACGGUUUCACUUAGACUUGCUUUGGUGUGGACAUUGACUGCAUCAUGUGUAGAAAACACUAAAUAUUAUCCUCAUGAAGUUUGGACCCUUGUUUAUUACAUUAUAACUUUAUGUAUUUAUGGCAAUAGGGAAUUUUGAAGAUUUGCCAAAUAAGAACAAAUGACAUACUACAGAUUUUUGUACAACCCAGUUAUAAGUGAGUGUGUGCAUUUGUACAAUUACAUUUAAAUGUGUUUACCAUGAGGAUUUUCUCAUUGUGAUAAAGAAAACACCUUAUUACUGUUUUUAUCUCUAUCUCUCACAGCCACGUAAUUUCAGUAAAAUGAAAUAAAGCGAGGGAAAUUAAAAUUAAAUCACAUUUUUACCACCUCACAUAGUAUUCUUGUCUAAUAUGGUCUAAUAUAAUAUAAUAUGAUAUAAUAU